GUCACCGAUACGGCCUUGGCAUGAAGCCAUCGUGAUAUCAUCUAAACUUUUCAACAUAACAUAACCAUCCUCGACAUCUUUAUGGCGUGCCGGGUUGAGUCUGGCCAAAUGCUUCAACAAAACCGUUGACGGUAAGACGCCGGCUAUCAGUACAUGCCUCUACAAAUUGUGUAGCCCACAUGAGGGUUCCACGAGCGACCGCCCAUUCACCUAAACGCGGAUUGACCGGAAGUUCCCCGAGAUGCGUGUGUCUGCUACAAAUGCUACAAGGAAUCUUGCGAUCUCCAGUCGCACGUACUGCAGUCUGCUGGGCGACAAAGUGAUGCUUGGACAACCUCCAUAGAUGAAGCUUCUACUGCGCCAACAUCGAAGCGCCAAAGUCAGGCAUGGCGCUGCAAAGAUAUCCUAGGCGGAAACGACGGCGUCAAGAUUCGUCCGACAACGAGCUCCACAUUGAGGAGAUUUCUCCCGACGACAUGGGCUAUGACGGCGAUGUCGAAGGUAUCGAAGUCCUCCAACCCGAUCAGUACGAAGAUGCCGAUUCGGGAUCCGAAGACAAGAAGACUUCGAGACGUUUAUGGCCAGACUCAGACGACGAGCUGGCGGGCAGACUACGGAGGCUGUCCUGUGAUAUCCAGGGCUCAGCAUCGCGGCGACGUGACGAGACCGAUCGCGGACAGAAGCGUCGCUCCCAGGAAGUGGAACAUGACGUGGAUGAUAAUGAGCACUUGGCCAAACGUGCCGAAAUCGAGGUUUCUGAGCUUGUCGAUGGCCAGCCCGAGCAGAGACCGAUCAAGCGAAGGAAGAAGCGACCCGACAAGUUGAUUCAAACGAACCGUGGAGCUAGGAAGCAGUUGAUGGCAGCAUGGUCCGACAGCUCGGACAAGACAGAAGACCACGAAGCAGGAAUGGAAUCGUCGAACUCGGGAACUCCUAACGUCCCGUCGACGCCUGCAGCACCAGCUGACCGAGAUCGUGAUGCCAUGGACAUUGGAUGAACCUAGGACUUUCUUGUGAAGAGCCAGUAUUGAAUACAGUAGUAGAGCAUGUUGGCAUGUGAGGGGUUUCGAUGACUGGAUAUGGCAUAGUCAUGUUUUACUAGUGCCGAGUGUACCUGACUAAAUGACUCUAAAUCGAGCACUAGCGUCAAGAUACAAGGACGUCAUCGCUUUAGAAUGUGGA